UCAGGGACAUCUUGGGGACACCUCAGGGACAUCUUGGGGACAUUUUGGGGACGCUGGCUCUCUGUUGCAGCCCCCAACUGGGUGACAACGCUCAACGUGGGCUACGGGGGGGCUCAUGCCAGCUACUACCACCGGGCCAACGAGCAGGUGCAGGUGGGGGUGGAGCUGGAGGCCAACACGCGGCUGCAGGAGACCACCUUCGCUUUUGGCUACCAGCUCAACCUGCCGCGAGCCAACGUCGUCUUCAGAGGGCUCCUGGACAGUAAUUGGAGCGUUGGGGGGGUCCUGGAGAAGAAGUUGCCCCCCCUGCCCGUGACGCUGGCCCUGGGCGCCUUCCUCAACCACUGGAGGAACCGGUUCCACUGCGGCUUCAGCGUCACCGUGGGCUGAGGGGACAGCGGGGACAGCGGGGACAGCGGGGAUGUGGCACCGUCCUGCUCAGGGAGCCACCGGGCCGGGCCCUGCAGGUGCCACACGGCGGGCUGGGGACAGCGAGUGACAGCGCUGCGGGGGACUGGGGGGGGCCGUGGGGGGUCCCCAGUGUCCCCAGUGGGGCUGGGGGUCCCCAUUGUCACCGGUGCCACCCUCUGGGGGUAGCUGCUGCCAUGGGGCUGGGGGUCCCCAGUGUCCCCAGUGCCACCCCAAGGAGGUGGCUGAUGCUGUGGGGGGCUGGGGGUCCCCAUUGUCCCCAGUGUCCCCAGUGCCAGCUGCUGGGGGUCCCCGUUGUCCCCAGUGGGGCUGGGGGUCCCCAUUGUCACCGGUGCCACCCCAUGGAGGUGGCUGAUGCUGUGGGGCUGGGGGUCCCCAGUGUCCCCAGUGGGGCUGGGGGUCCCCAUUGUCACCGGUGGGGCUGGGGGUCCCCAGUGUCA